AUGAGGAAAGAAGCGAGAAGAAGGACGUUCGCCUCGGAUGUCGCCGCCGGACAACAAACGCAACAACACAGCGCGAAAGGAGAAUUCCGGUUACUUCCAAAAAUAUGCUCCAUCGCUGAUAUGAAGCUCAACGAGAUGCAGUUUUUCCAAAAGACGAUACCGUUUUUACGGUGCACGUCCUCGUCCAGUAGAAACGGCAUGACGCUUACCGAGCUGUGCGGCCACUCGGCGUUUGUUUUGCUCGGAUGGUCCUACGUCGUCGACGAUCCGUUCUUGUUGCGAUGUUUAGCCACGGCGAGUUUUACCGCGCAAAUUUGUUUCCAGUUUUUUAGAGAGAAGCCGUUGUGGUUGCCGAUUCGAUGGAACGUGUUGUUCGUAGGGGUGAAUAUGAUUUGGAUAGCGAAGAUGUUGAACGAGUACAGCGAAAAAUCGUUGAAAGAUUUGACGAGCGAGGAGAGGGAGGUGUACGAUGCGUUCUUUAAAGUCAAAGAGAAAGAAGUGGUGACGAUGUCGUCGUCGGAAGUUGAAGAGACGAACAGUCGCGGCGAGAAAGUAGUAUCGGCGGCGCCGAAGAAAACGACAAAGACGUAUCGAACGCACCAGAUUCACCCGAGCGAUUUCAAAGAGUUGGUGAAACUCGGCGAGUGGAAAGAGUUGAAAGGAGGCGAUGUUAUUGCGGUCAAAGGGAAGGUGAAUACAAACAUUUACGCGAUUGUAGACGGUGCAGUUGCGUUGACAUUAGACGAUUCGGUGGUACCGGUUGCGGCGAGCGCGCGAGAGAAGACGGCUGCCACGACGAAGAAGAGCGCCUCCUUGCCGGCUAAUAAUAAUAUUAGUAAAAAUAUCUUGCGAAGAGGCAAGUUUGUCGGCGAAAUGGCGUUGAGUCACGGUGCCGCUUUCGGUACCGUCGUCGUUGAAAAAGAAGGCGCGAAAGUCAUGGUUUGGGACACACACAAAUUAAGAGAAUUUGUGAUGGAAAAUCCUCGCGCGAUGAACUCCGUGCAAGCGUCGUUUGGUCGAUCUUUAGUCGAGAAGAUGAAAAUCGUCGGCAUGGAGUGA